AUGGCGCAGGCGAGCUACGCCGUCUCGCGCAAGCUGAGGCCGGAGCACGCGCUGACGUGGGCCUCCUCGGGCAACUGCGCCGAGGAGAGGGGCGAGUACGAGGCGGCGGAGACGCACUGGAAGCGGUCGCUGCAGCUGGCGCGGCGGCACGACGGCGUGUACUGCAACCUCGGCUCGAUGCUGCGCCGGCUCAACCGGAUGCGCGAGUCGCGGGACGCGUACGCCGCUGCGCUCGCGCUGAAUCCGCGGAGCGUAGACGCGCACAUAGGGAUGGGGAAGGCGUGUGCCGCGCCGGCGCUCAAGUUGAGCCCGGAGCAUGUCGGUGCGAACCUCGCCGUCGCCGAGGGGCUGCACAUGUGGGGCGAGCACGGGCCGUGCCCCGAGCUGGGCGGGCGCAGCGCGAUCGACUUUUACCGCGCGGUGCUGCAGCUGGCGCCGGACAACACAAACGCCGCCACGCACGCCGCCUACGACGGGGCCGUGCCCGAGGGCGGCCCCGCGCCGCAGGCAGGUACGUUUGGGGAGGCGGACGCGCCGCCGGGCGAGAGCGUCGCCGCGCUGAUCGCGCCGCUGCCGCCGCCGGGGGCGAGCGAGGCGGAGGUGGCGGCGGCGGCGGACGCGGCGCUUUCUCUGUGGCGGCGGAACGGCGUGGUUGUCUUUGAGAAGCUUCUCACGCCGCACGCGACGGAGGCGCUGCUCUCCGCCGUCCGAGCGGCCGAGGCAGACGACGGCGCCACUGACUGCUACCACACCACCCAUGGCGCCACCGACUACACCCUCGUCACGCGCAACGCCAAGCGCGGCACGCGCAGCCACAAGGCGCUGCCCGUGAGCGCGGCGAGAGAGGCGCUCGGCGAGGUUGCGCAGCGCAUCGGCCCCUUCCUCUCGGCGGCGCUGGGCGGCGGCGGCGCUCUCGCGCUGAUGGAGUCGGGCUUUAUGGUGACGCGACCGGGCGCAGAGGCGCAGGCUUUCCACCGUGACGUGGCGCCCGGCGUCGUCUCGGCGUCGUCGCUCGCGGCCUCGCUGCAGGUCGCGCUGGUCGACACUUGCGCCGAGCAGGGCGUGCUGGAGGUGAGCCCCGGCUCGCACCGCUUCGACCCCGCGGCGCCUGAGACAACCUCGUACGCGCCGCCCGGGCUGGCGUACACGAUCGAGCCCUCGGACAUUGCGCGCUGGAGCCUGCACGGCACGGCGCUCCUCGAGCAGGCGCAGCGAUGCUGA